AUGUACUCCCCUGACAGCUCAGAGGAGCCCCCAAAUAAUGGGACCCCAGGACCAUUUGAUGGCCCCCAAUGGCCCUACCAGGCCCCACGGGCCAUGUACCUGUCGGUGGCUGUGCUGAUGGGCAUCGUGGUGGUCUCUGCCUCAGUUCUGAAUGGUUUGGUCAUUGUGGUUUCCAUCAGGUACAAGAAGCUCCGUUCCCCCCUGAACUACAUCCUGAUGAACCUGGCUGUGGCUGACCUGCUGGUGACGCUCUGCGGCAGCUCCGUCAGCUUCUCCAACAACAUCUACGGCUUCUUCAUGUUUGGCAAGCAGCUGUGUGAGCUGGAGGGCUUCAUGGUCUCCCUGACAG